AUCCUAAUAUCUAACUUUCUUACCUUCGAAAGUCUUAGCCUCUUAGGGUUUUGUUUUGCCAAACCCAAAACCAAAAGCCUUCAGGCAUUCACAGAAGAUGAUAACGGCGAUACACCGACACCACCCUUCCCAGAAUUUGAGCAAGAACCCGUUGGUGACCAAAUUUGCAGUGGCAGCCGGCGACUAAAGCUUCGACUUUCGAGUCUUUCACUCUUUCUCAACCGCAUCUUGAAAGGAAUGGCUCCGGUGACCAUCUUCCCUGCGGUUGUGAGCGACCAUUGUGAUUUUUCAGGAACCAAAUCACCAUUUGCACUGGUGACCACUCCAUUGAAGCUGAAAGCCACUGCAGAAUUUGAGGUUGUCUUAGUCGGUGGGUGUGUGUUAGCUGUAGAUCUUCUGACAGUUUCUCAUGAAGCUUUGGAGAAGACCUCUAUUCCUUUGCAAUCGAAUUUGCUAACUGCAACUGCUUUCAUGGAGCCACUCAAGAAAUGGAUGUUCAUUGACAAGGAUGGUGAACAAGUUGGCCCAGUGGAGAUGCUAUCAGAAGGUUUUGGUCAAAGAAGACUAUUGACCGGACAACCAAGUGCUAGGCUUCCGGGAUGAUUGAGUGGAAGAGAUUGCGUGAUAUUCUUGAACUCUGUUGGGCAUUGGCCAUUCGUAUUUUUUUUUUUGUAUUUUCUGUAUUUUAUUAUUUUUAUAUUUAGAU